AUGCCCAUGUCCAUGGCGCCCUCUGGUCAUACUCGAGAUUCCAGAAACAGGACGAGGGCCGGUUCCCUUGGGACUCUCGGGUCUAUCGAGUCUAAGCAUGGCGGCGGCUUGAUUGGGUCUGUUUCGCGGUGGUGGAUGAGAUCUUACACCUCAGACUGGGUCGCCUUCUCCCUUCUUCUUGUGGGAUACAUCUUCAUUGCGGCGUUCGUCGAGCCUUUUCAUCGAUUGUUUACUAUUAAUGAUAUAAGGAUCUCGUUUCCUCAUGCUGAGGUUGAGAGGGUGCCUGUUUCUCACCUCUUCGCCUACGCCCUCUUCCUCCCCCUCUUUCUCCUCCUCCUCACCAAUUACCUAUUACACUCCCCGCGUCACAUCCACCACCUCUCCCUCCUCGGCUUCCUAACUUCCAUAAUCCUCACCACUUUUUUGACGGACCUAAUAAAAAACAUGGUCGGCCGUCCGCGCCCCGACCUCAUCGCGCGCUGCCAACCACUCCCCGACACGCCCCCCAACAAGCUCGUCGGCGUCGAGAUCUGCACGCAAACGGACCAUCACACGCUGCACGACGGGUGGCGUAGUUUUCCCUCUGGCCAUAGCAGUUUUGCGUUUGCAGGGCUGGGGUACUUGGCGCUUUUUUGGUGUGGGCAGUUCAGGGCGUUUUCUACCUCUUCUUCUUCAUCUCCGGGAGGGGGAUCUUCGGGGAUAAUGGAUGGGAUGGAAAAAGUUUUGGUCAAAAGGGAUUUGCUCAAGGCAUUGCUUUGCUUAUCCCCAUUACUGGGGGCGUUGAUGAUAGCCAUCAGCCGCUGCAUGGAUUACCGGCAUGACGUGGAGGAUGUGUGUGUCGGGAGCUUGAUGGGGUGGGUGAUUACUUAUUGGAGCUAUAGGCGGUAUUGGCCGCGGUUGAGCAAUGGGAGGUGUGGGGAGCCUUAUUCGGGGAUGAAUGGGGAGCGAGGGGAUCAGGGGGAUUUGUUGGGUGGGAAUGGUGCUCGAAGGUACUCGAGGGUGAGGGAUGAGGAGGAGGCGGUGGGAGGUGGAGGGUUUCAGAGAAAUGUAGGGACUUCCAGCUUUGUUUCGCCUCCUGAUGUGGAGUUGGGGCCUUUGGAGAGCCCGAGAUGA